AUGUAUUCUUUUUAAAUUUAAUUAGUUCUUUUACUUCUUGUUAUUAGUGUCUAAAGUAUUGAUUAUUGUGGAGAAUAUGAAACCCAUCAAACUUGCAUUAACAGUGACAUUGAAUAAUGUAUGUGGCUCAUCAGUAGAAAGAUUUGUUAAAAAACCAAUGAUUAUUUAUAAGGCUGCAGUUAAACUUUGAAUAAGAAAGCAUGCGUAAAAUAAAUCGGUAAUGCCUAAGGUUAACCAGCUAAAUGUACUUCAUCUAAUCUAACAAAGGUCGUUUCAUCGACAAAUGUGAAGUUAUUCCAAAUAUCAAAACAGAGGGAUGUUUAAAUAAUUUAUCAAAAUCUGGUUGCUUAGCUAUUUAGAAUGCAGAAUAAAUUUGCUUUUGGAAAGAUGAUAAAUGUUAGAUAUUAUAUCAAAAUCAAUGGAAUUAAGUUCAAAAAGAUUUUGAUACAGUCCCUUAUAGUGCAUCUGCUUGCUUUUUAAUUGAAAAUUAUUUAGUAAUUCAUAAUACUCUUUUAUGGGAUCUAAUUUCAUAUACUCCUAAUUUAUAUGCUGAAGCUGAUACAAUUUUGAAAAAGGAAGUGGGUCUAUAAGUAAAUGAUACUAUUAAUUUUGAUAAUCCAAAUACAGUUUAAAUGCAAAAUAAUUACUAAUUUGCAAAUGGAUCUUAUGCAUGGUAUACAAUUAGAGAGUCUAAAGAAAUUAAAUUAAGCAAUUGUAAUCAUUGAGAUCUAUAGUAUUUAGUGUAUAAAUCUUAUCGAUAUCGAGAAGGAUGUAUUGCAUUAGAAAUAGAGAAUGAUGCUGAUUUUUUAAAUCUUUUGAGGUUGACAGAAUAAGUAAGGGGUAUUAAUCAUAUUUAUUGUAAAUAUUUAAAUAGAAAUCCUUCAAUAACAAAACAAUUUGUAUACUCAGAUGGUGUUUGUAAGGUUUUUGAUAAAGUUGAUUUGAAUAAUGAAGAAAAAAUUAUGGAAUUGAAUUUAAGUUGUAAAUCUAUCGAUUAUUAUUAAUGCAUUUAUUAUUAUUCAAAUACAAAUAUUUGUAGAUUAAAAGGAAUUGAAUAUGAAUAUCCUUGUGUCAAUGAAGAAUAGGAAUAUAUUGCUGAUUGUAUUAAUGCUGAUUGUACUGUUAGAUAAUGUUCAUAAAUAUUUGAUUAUUAUAUAGAUACGUCUACAAAUAAAUGUAGUAAAAGUUGUUCUUCAUUUACAAUAAAAACAAAAGAAGCUUGUGAAGCAAUAAAAGAUUGUAAAUUUUUAGGAGAACAUAAAAUAUUUUUUACUAAAAUAUGUGCACCUUAAAAUAGUUGUAAUUAAUUAGGUCUUUAACAAAUGUAUUGUUCAUAACUUGUAGAUUAAUGUGGAUGGGAUAAUACACUUUAAAGAUGUUAUAGAGUAACAGAAUAAUAAUUUAAAUUAAUGAAAUGUGAAUAAGCAUUUAAUGCAAGAUCUUGUAUGAUGAUUGAAUUAAGUGAUUAAAUUUGUUUUUGGGAUUAAGCAAGAAGGAUAUGUUACAACAUUGUAGAUUAUCCAAUAUUAAUUACUCACAAAGCUCUGAUUGACUUUGAAUAUUAUUAUAUAGAAAGAUAUCUUAAGGUUUUAAGUAAUAGAAAUUUUUGCAAAUAUCAAUAAAAUAUAGCAGCAGAAUAUUUUUCAGAAUAAGGAAAAUGUAUAUUAGAUAAGAGAAUUUAUGCUAAUGAUUUUAAAUAAAUCAAUAGUUAUUCUUGUUUAAAGGUUUAACCAGGAUAUUGUAAAUGGGAUCCUUACUAAUAGAUUUGUAUAAGUGUUGCAGAAACUGAAGUUAGAGAAUUAAAUUGUUUAGAGUAAGAAUUUGUUAAUGAGAGAAUAUGCUAAAAAUCAAAAGUUUCUAAUCCUGAUAUGAUUUGUAUUUAUGAUUAAGAAUAAAAUUCUUGUAUGGAAAUAAAAAUGACUGAAUUUGAACUUUAUGGAUGUGAAGGAUAUGGUUUUUCAAAGGAAUUAUGUGUAAAUAAAAAGAAACUUGGUGAAUAAUGUUAAUUUUUAGCUGGAAAAUGUAAAUAUAUUUCUGAAUCUUACAUAAAUUCAAUUUAAUGUUCUUCUCUUGAGAAUGUAAANUAAAUCUUAUCGAUAUCGAGAAGGAUGUAUUGCAUUAGAAAUAGAGAAUGAUGCUGAUUUUUUAAAUCUUUUGAGGUUGACAGAAUAAGUAAGGGGUAUUAAUCAUAUUUAUUGUAAAUAUUUAAAUAGAAAUCCUUCAAUAACAAAACAAUUUGUAUACUCAGAUGGUGUUUGUAAGGUUUUUGAUAAAGUUGAUUUGAAUAAUGAAGAAAAAAUUAUGGAAUUGAAUUUAAGUUGUAAAUCUAUCGAUUAUUAUUAAUGCAUUUAUUAUUAUUCAAAUACAAAUAUUUGUAGAUUAAAAGGAAUUGAAUAUGAAUAUCCUUGUGUCAAUGAAGAAUAGGAAUAUAUUGCUGAUUGUAUUAAUGCUGAUUGUACUGUUAGAUAAUGUUCAUAAAUAUUUGAUUAUUAUAUAGAUACGUCUACAAAUAAAUGUAGUAAAAGUUGUUCUUCAUUUACAAUAAAAACAAAAGAAGCUUGUGAAGCAAUAAAAGAUUGUAAAUUUUUAGGAGAACAUAAAAUAUUUUUUACUAAAAUAUGUGCACCUUAAAAUAGUUGUAAUUAAUUAGGUCUUUAACAAAUGUAUUGUUCAUAACUUGUAGAUUAAUGUGGAUGGGAUAAUACACUUUAAAGAUGUUAUAGAGUAACAGAAUAAUAAUUUAAAUUAAUGAAAUGUGAAUAAGCAUUUAAUGCAAGAUCUUGUAUGAUGAUUGAAUUAAGUGAUUAAAUUUGUUUUUGGGAUUAAGCAAGAAGGAUAUGUUACAACAUUGUAGAUUAUCCAAUAUUAAUUACUCACAAAGCUCUGAUUGACUUUGAAUAUUAUUAUAUAGAAAGAUAUCUUAAGGUUUUAAGUAAUAGAAAUUUUUGCAAAUAUCAAUAAAAUAUAGCAGCAGAAUAUUUUUCAGAAUAAGGAAAAUGUAUAUUAGAUAAGAGAAUUUAUGCUAAUGAUUUUAAAUAAAUCAAUAGUUAUUCUUGUUUAAAGGUUUAACCAGGAUAUUGUAAAUGGGAUCCUUACUAAUAGAUUUGUAUAAGUGUUGCAGAAACUGAAGUUAGAGAAUUAAAUUGUUUAGAGUAAGAAUUUGUUAAUGAGAGAAUAUGCUAAAAAUCAAAAGUUUCUAAUCCUGAUAUGAUUUGUAUUUAUGAUUAAGAAUAAAAUUCUUGUAUGGAAAUAAAAAUGACUGAAUUUGAACUUUAUGGAUGUGAAGGAUAUGGUUUUUCAAAGGAAUUAUGUGUAAAUAAAAAGAAACUUGGUGAAUAAUGUUAAUUUUUAGCUGGAAAAUGUAAAUAUAUUUCUGAAUCUUACAUAAAUUCAAUUUAAUGUUCUUCUCUUGAGAAUGUAAAUUAAUAUGUUUGUUAAUUAUAUACAUCCUCUUCUAAAGUGUGUUUAUAUGAUGAAAUUACUCAUUCAUGUUACACUCCAAGCAUUUAUACUAGAUUGAGUUAUACUGAAAAUUUAAAUCCCUAUGGUUGUCAAUAGGUUAAGGAUUCUUUUACUUAUUUUAAUUUAGAAAUUAAAAAAUGUAUUAAAUUUAAUGAUGAUAAUAUUUCAACAUUAUCUAAUUUGUAAUGUAUAUAAAAUUUUGUUAAUGAAUAAACAUGUUUGUCAAUUAAUAAAGAUGGUUAAAAUUGUUUAUGGGACACAUAAUUAAAUUAAUGUAAAAGAUAUUCUGAAUAUUUUAUUAAUUGUGCUGAAUAUGCAAAUUAAAGUUAUCGUGUAUGUACAGCACUUGAAUCAGAUAUGACAAAAUAGUUUAUGAAAGAUAAUUAUUGUACUUAUGAAAAUAACAUAUGUUAAAGCAAAUCGAAUACUUUAAUAGAUUGUGGAGAAUCUGAAUAAAUGAAUAUACAUAGAUGCAGUGGAUUAACAGGAUUGAGUUUAACAGGAGAAUAUAUUUAGAUGUGUGUAUUCUUAAAAAAUUAAUGUAAGACUUUAAUUGAUAAUUCAAUGGAUGCAUAUAUUGUCUUAAAUACUAUAUUAUGUAAAUAAGCUAAUUUGAAAGCUUGUACAAAAGUUGAAACAAAUGGAUAAUAUUGUAAAUUAUUAGAUUAUGUCUCUCCUAAUAAUAUUAUAAUUGAUAAGAAAUGUAUAUAAAUAGAUACUUCUACUGAAACUUGUUCUACUAUUAAUACUAAUAUAUCUAUAAAUUAAAUAAAUCCAAAUCAUUGUUCAAGGGCUAAUGAUAGUUGUUAUUAUGAUUCUAUUAAUGGUUGUAGAACACCAGUAUAAACUGAUUUAGAAUGCAAUACUUAAGGAUUAUCUUAUUUAGGAUGCAUAUUAUAUACAUAAAAUCAUAGAUGUGGUUUUGUUAAUAAUAAAUGUCAAUAUUUGACAUAAUAAUCAUAUGUUUCUGAUUGUAAAUAUUUAAAUUAAUUUUCUUGUUCUUAUUAUGCUUAUAAUAAAUGUUAUUGGAAUGGUUAACUUUGUGUUAUAUCUACUAAUGAUAUUACAGAAUAUGGAAGUGAUUAUAAUUGUAGUCUAAAUACAAGUAAUACUUUUAUAGUCUCAAAUGGAAUAAUAUGUUAAACAAUUUAAUAAUAAUCUAAUUAUGAAUUAUAUUCAUGUGAUAGUCAAUUAAAUUAAUAUGCUUGUGGAUCUAUACCAAAUUAAUAUUGUUAAUUUAUUCAAAAUAAAUGUUAAUUCUAUAGUCAUACAUUCUGUGAAGAUUCAUAACAAACUUGUAGUGAUAAUAAUUCUUUAAAUAUGAAAUGUGUACAGAAAGAUGGUAAAUGUUUUAAUCUUCCAAAUAAUAAUUAUAGUUGUGAUUUCUUUGAUAAAACAAAUUAUGAAUUUUGUCUCUAAUAUCCUAAUUGUAUUUAUGUUGAUUAAAAAUGUUAACAGACAAAUCAAAUAAAAGUUUAUUGGUAUUGUGAUUCAUCCUCUAUAUAUAACUGCAUUCUUAAAAAUAAAUAAUUUGCUUGUACUUGGUCAUAAGGAAAUUGUUCUGAAUUUGGAGGUUCAUCUUGUCCUUCUCUUAAAGGAUUCCAUUCAUUUUAAGCAUGUUAAUAAUUUCAAAAUUGUACUUAUGGAUUUACUAAAAGAGGAUUAGGAUUUUGUUAUUCUGAUAAAAAUUUUGAAUCUUUAACAUGUGAAUAAUUAAAUUAAGAUCUUUGUUUAGAAGAUUUAAGUCAUCUAAAUUCAUUACUUUUUUGUUAUUGGGAUUAAUCAUGUAAAAAUAUUAAAAAUAACUCAAUUACAUAAUGUACAGAUUUAUCUGAAUUUCAAUCCAGUUAUGCAGCAUGUAAAUAAUUAAAUUAAGAAUAAUGUAUGUAUUCUUUUAUAGAUUAAAAAUGUAAAUUAAUUUCUGAAUACAAUAAUACAACUUGUUAAGGAGUAACAGCUAAAUAAUGUUCUUAAAUAUAGAAUAUUUGUUAUUUUGAUGGAUCUAUUUGUUCUGAAACAGGAGAAUAAGAUUAAUUAAAUAAAUAUGGUUGUAUUAAAUAAUCAGGAACUUGGAAAUUUGUUUAUUUUAAAUGUAAUUUAAUAAUUAAUGAACUAUAAAAGAGUUGUUAUAAUUUAUCUAAAGAUGCUUGUUUAAGUGAUCUAACUAAAGAAUUAAGUUGUUAAUGGAAAGAUGAUAAAUGUUAGAAUGUUCUUUUAAAAUAAAAUAAAUAAAUAAAUUCUUGUGAUAAUUUAAAUUAAAGAGCAUGUUAAAAUGUUAUUCUAUCCAAUAUUAUUUGUGUUUGGAAUGAAACAUUAAAAAUUUGUGAUUCUCUUACUAUCACAAAUACAGAUUGUGAAGAUUUAAAUUUUUCAAUUAAUACAUCUAUGAGUGCAUGCAGUGGAUAAACAAAUAAAAAUUGUGCUAAAUAUUACGAUAAUACUAAAUGUACUGAAAUCAAUGUAAAAAUUAAUAAUUGUAAUCUUUAUGGAUUAAAUCAAUAAGCUUGUAUUUAAUUGACAAAUAUUCCUUGUUAAUGGAUUUAAAUUAAUGAUGGAGGUUAUUGUGAUGAUGCAAAUUUAUAUUCAGUAAACUGUAUAGAUUAAUUAAAUCAAUAAGCUUGUCUUAAUGUAUAAACAUAUGGAUAAGUAUGUAAAUGGGAUUAAUUAAAUUAUUUAUGUCAAAAUCAAGAAAUAAGUACAUGUGAAUCUGCAUCUAACCUUAAUUCUCUUUAUGCUUGUAAUGCAGUAGUUGAUGAACCUUGUAUAUAUGAUCCACUAUCAAUGUUAUGUAAUAAAAUUGUCUUUAUUCCUAAAUCAUGUUCAAUUAAUUUCAAUAAGCCAACUUGUGAAUUGGCUUCUGAUAAUUGUAUUUGGGAAUCUAAUCGAUGUAUUACUUCUCCUUAUUAGAAUUGUUAAUAAUAUAUGACAAAAUCUAAAUGCCUUGAAAGUAAUGUUAUCUAUUGUUAAUGGUUAAAUAAUUAGUGUACUGAUUUUAAUCCAUUAUAUACUAAAAUAUUUUGUAAAGAUCUCCCUGAUAAUAUCAAUAGUAUAGCAUGUUCAAGUAAUGCAAUAGAUCCUUGUAGAUUUGAUAAAAUAUCAUCUUCCUGUUUACCAGAUUAAGAUUUAUCGUUAUAUUAGUUGAAAACAAUUUCAAAUUUAAUAUUUCUUCAAACUCCUAAUUAUAAAUCUCCAUUAUUAAGUGGUAAAUGUGAAUAACUUCUUACAAAGGAUUAUUGUAUGAAAUCACGUAUUAAAGAUAUGGCAUGUGUUUGGAAAAAUUCAUUUUGUUAAGAGGUUACAGAUUUUGAAAAUAUUUAAUGUACAGAAUAUCUUAAUCUUUGGGGUUGUAUAAAUGUAAAAAAGGAUAAUUAAUUUUGUUUUUGGAGAGAUUAAAAAUGUCUAAAUUGGAAUGCAACUUUUACUUAAAUGGAAAAUGUGAAUAAAAAUGUAUGCAUACAUCAUAGUAUUAAUUGUGUUUAUGAAAUGAAUUCUUGUGUAAAGAAAGAUAUUUAAACAAUAUUAUGUUCAUCAGAAGGGAUUAGUAAAAUAACAUGUUUAUCAAUUCCAAAUUAAAAAUGUUAAUGGUUAAAUUCAUGUAUUGAAUUUACUUAAUUAUAAUAACGAUAAUGUUCAGAUUUCAAAGAUGUAUCAUCAUAUGUUUGUUAGAUGAUUCCUAAUUUAUCUUGUGUAUAUAAUAAAGAAAAUAAUAGUUGUAUUGAUUUUAAAAAUGAUGUUGUAGGAUUAGGAGUAUCAAAAUUAGCAUGUAUUUAAAAUAAAAGUAUUCCAACAUAUUGGAAUGGAAAUAUUUGUUAAGAAUUAAUUGAAACUAUUGAAUGUGAUUCUUAAUUAAUUGUUAAUGAAUAUUCAUGUCGUAGUCAAGUUUAAAAUACUAAAUGUAUUUAUGAUAUUGAUAAUUAUUAAUGCACUAGUUUAUUUAAUAUUUGGUCAUUGAAAUGUAAUACUUUAGGUUUAAAUUCAUUGGGUUGUGUAUCAGUUUAACAAGAACCAUGUAUUUUUAAAGAUAAUAAAUGUUAAAUAUUUCGUGAAAUUUAAAGUGUUUGUAUGUUCUUAAGUUAAGUAAAUUCAAAAGUAUGUGCAUCUAUUAUAGAUUAAUAUUGUGCAUAUGAUCCAAUUAAUUAUAAAUGUUAAACAUAAUUAAUCACUUAAGAUUAUUGUAAUAUAGAAGGAAUAAAUAAAAAUUUUUGUAUUAGAAAAGAAAUUUGUAUGUGGAAUCAAGACAAUUUAGAUUGUAAAUGUAAAUCUAUAUAAGAAAUUGAUUCUUGUUAAUAAUCUGAUAUAUCAAAAUGUAGAGCUUAAAAUAAAUGUUAUUUUGAUUUAGAAUAAUAUAGAUGUGUGAAGAAAUAAUGUUAUCAUUUAAAGGAAGAUGAAUGUGAUUAAAUUUUAGAUAAUAAAAUAUGUUAUAGAAGUCUUAAAAAAGGUUGUUAACCAGCUAUUACGGCUCUGAAUUAAAAAAUGAAUUUAUUUUGA